AUGGCAGACACGGAACCCGCGAUACCAUCUAUUUCAGUCCGCUUGGCCAUUACUCCUCCAGAGUACAGCCGACAGACCGGAGAUGCAGGAUUUCCCACCUUCACCAUUGUCGCAACAUUAGCGCCGUCUGCGCCGAAACCCAUCACCUUGAUGACAUGGCCCACCGCAUUCAACCCGCAAUUGGCCUUGAAGCGCCGCGACUUUACUGCUCAGAACAUAUCACGCGACCCGCCUGAAGAUAUCAGGCUGGAAAUUACAAAGGGUCCUUCGCGGCUACCCUACCAGCCGAGAAGGGGUUCGUCCGACCAAAGGUACUACGUGACGCUGUAUCCAGGGCGCGAGCUCACCAUUGCCGAACAACCAUUCAACCUUGUCAAGCGUGUCGAUGGGGAAGGGGUGUGUAUCUUCCAGCCGGGAAACACUUAUCGUCUUGGCAUCUCAGACUCAGGGAGCAAAACGGGACUCUGGUGGUGGGGGACAACAGAUGACAUUCUAUAUGAAGCUGGAGGACCGCCAUACAGAAUCCACCACCUGAAAGGCAAGGGGGAUAUUUCGCUCAUUUCAGAGCCAGUGGACUUUACCAUUGUUGAGUAA